AUGAAAGCUAAGACUGUACUCCUUCUACUUGUCUCUACUCUGGUGCUAACUGUCGCAGAAUCAGAUGAAACCGCGUACGACAAAGCCGAGAGGUAUAUACAAGAGACCCUAAAUCCAUAUAUAGCUGACGCUGCAUCUUUUCAGAGAUACGUACACUCUCAUCCAGAUGAAUUUGAGGUCAAAGAAAUUGAUGAGGACAACGCAGAGUUCUAUGUUAAGAGUCCAAGCUGGGUUAAACUAGAUAAAGGUGAUUUCAACUCAGCUAUCAGUAAGCUGGGGAAAAAGCAUAGGUACUUGAGAGGGAAACACCUCCAAAUAGAUGACGAUAAGUUAUUCUUAAGUAUUGAAGACACCAACUUGUUUGAUGAGUUACCAACAUGA